CUUAUUAAAGAAAUUAUGUCAACUGAAAUGGAUUAUAUUAACGAUUUAGAGACCAUCAUUAACCUAUUUUGCAAACCAUUAAGAGAUUUUAUAUCCAAAGAAGAAUGUGCAAGUAUUUUCUCUAACAUUGAACAAAUUUGUCAAGUAAAUAAGGAGCUUUAUGAAAAAUUAGUAUCCAAUACUUUAACCAUCGGUCAAGUAUUUUCAACAAUGGCCGAUUCGUUACAAGUCUAUUCAGUUUAUUGUAACUACCACCAAAAAUCGCUAGACUCUCUUAACCAGCUUUUAAAAUCACCACAAUACGAAUCAUUUUUCGAACAAUUGGUGGCAAAGAACGAACUUAGAGGUAUGGGACCACACUCUUUUCUUAUUAAACCAGUUCAAAGAAUAUGCAAAUAUCCGUUACUUUUAAAAGAACUACUUAAAGCCACUGCUGAGGAUCACUUUGACUAUCCACAAUUAAUCUUUGCAGUAGAAAAAAUUGAAAAGAUCGUUUCAAUCAUCAACAACCAAAAAAAAGAAAUGGAGACAUGGCAGAGAACAAUGCAACUAAUACAAUCACUUAAAGGUGCAGAUAACCUACAACUAUUAGCAGCAAAUAGACAUCUAAUACUAGAAGGGCCACUUCAUAUGGUAAUUGGUUUUAAUGAAAAUCAAGAAAAGAAAUACUCAUCUCUUAAAUUUAAAAAGGGUAUUUACUUUUUAUUUAAUGAUCUAUUUUUAUUUACCAAGCAAAAAGGAACAAGCUAUAAACUAGUUAUAUCAGUCCCAUUAGAAACCAUAUUAAUUCAUGCCAAUGUAUCCAGUAGCUUACCACCAGAUAAAAACCUAUUCUCACUCGUUGAAAUUGGUGUAGGAGGCAGAAAAUGGACCUUUUGUAAUAGUACUUCAAACUCAUCACCAAUUAAAUUUUCAAACAUAAACUCUACAACAAACCAACAGCAGCAACAGCAACAACAACAGUUACAACAUAAUCAAUCACAACAGCAACAGCAAUAUAGCUUUACAAACAUUGAUAACUUUUAUUUUAAUAAUCAGCAACAGCAACAACAGCAGCAACAACAGCAACAACAAAAUCUAAUUAAUAUAAUUCAAAAAUUAAUUGAAAGAACCUGGGAAGAAAAAUUUAUGUGCCAAAAUACAACAAUAAAUAGAUUAAGUAUACCAUCACCUUCAUACAAUGGUAACAAUGUAAUAAAUAGUAAUAAUACAAAUCCUUUAACAAGUUCAACCGCAUCACCCAAUAUAAAGCAUCAACCAAACAAAAAAAGGAAUAGACUAGUUAAAAGUUUAGUAAAUAUUAAAACCUUAUAAAAAUCAGUUCAUAAUCAAGUUAUAAUCAAAAACCAUUAUAUGUAUAAAUUUUUAUAAUAAAUCUGUAUAUAUAUUUAAUUUUUUUUUUUUUUUCAUC